AUCAUAUUUUUCUAUGUAAUAUUACAAAAUUAAUAGCUAAAACCAAGUUUGUAAGUAGAACAGGUGUAGCAUGGACAUGCAUUAACCGGAUACUUUACGGGUAACGUUUGAAAAUAGGUGUAACGAACAUAAUUUCAGCUCAAAUAUAGGCAUAAAUGACGUAUCGAACAGUUUUAAAAAUCAUUGUUAACUAAAAGGCUUGGAUAGUCACUUUUAAGCUUCUCUCUGCUUUAAUUAUUUUAUUGCACACUACUGCUAUCUAUAGGUAUUGGAAAGUGAGUUAAAAAGGCGGGAAGACGCGGAUGAAGGCAUGCCAUCAUGGUGUCGCAUCGUCGGGAGAUGAACGACGAUUAUCAUGCAUAUUUCUCCGAACAUUUCUACUUCGUCGUGACAUAAAAACAUUUUACCGUGCGAUAGAUGUACUACUGAUUUUAUUCACCACCAGUAAAUAGUUAAUAUGGCACUGAAAUACGAUUAGUGUUAUUUUUGUGGAUAAAUUUUUAUCAGUCCGUCGAAACAUGAAGGAUAUCAAGCAAUACUUCGCGAACGGUUCAAGAAUUGAUAAAAAGAUCGUUGAUUCCAAUGAUAAUACACACAAGGAACAUAUGGAAGAAGAACAAGAAGAUGACUUCAUUGUGAGGGCUAAUCGUAAACGUAAACGUGUCAAGAUCCGUAUAUCUCGUACUGGCUCCGAGGAGAGGAUAUGUAAUAUAAUUGAAAGCAAGAACGAUCUGAUCGACAAGACUCCGAGUCCUUUUGGAAAAACAAAUGACAACAGCAGAAUUUCACAAGAUGAAACAGUCAAGUCUGAUUUAACUAGCUCCAGUACAAAGCGACAUUUUGAAAAGUUUGCUGUUGCACUGGUUGGAAAUAAACCUAAAAGUAUGAAAAAUAUUUCACAAGAUAUAAACAAUGAAAUAGAUAAAAAUAAACAGAUUGUGAAUUUAAUUGAUUCAUCUAAUGAUAUCCUGAUGGAGAAUAUUCAUGAUAGAGGACUAUCAAAUGCAAAAUUUUGUGAUGACAUUGGUUCUCAACGUGAAGAGUCAAAUGCCUUCCAAGUUCUGAUGAGUCGUAGUAAACCAAUACAAUAUAAGUCUCUACCACAACAAUCUGUAGAAGAUAUUGAAUGUAACAUAAAAUCAAGUGACAUUAAAGAGUUGAAAGCCAAACAUAAGGAAAAACUAAUAGCAUUAGCUGAUAAGAAAGGUUAUUCAAAAAGAAAACUUGCUGAGACUGAAGAAGGUGAGAAAAUAGAAAAAAAUAUAGAAAAUCGUCUAAAGUUCUUCAAAGGUGACAAUGGAAACAAUGAUAAUUCUGCAUUAUCAAUCAAAAAUAACAAGCAGUUAUCUGGAAGCUUGUUGAAUUAUUUUAGCAAAUCAUCUUUGGAAUUAACAAAUAAAGAAAUGAAAUGUGUGUCUACUAUUAUCGUAAAAGCUGAUGUGCAUAGAACCGAGACUGCCAGCAUUGAACCAGUGCUUAAGCCAAUCUCGAACAAGAUUUAUCCUAUUAAAAGAUACCUGAAGGCCAACAUGGAUCUUUCCAAAGUAGAUGAUAUUCAUGUCAUAGCAUCUGAAAAUCUGACUUUGCCGCUAACCCCCAAGCAAGAGAAGCAACAAAAACCCCGUUGGUCUUUACGUAUAAAAUUACAUUCUUCCGAAGACAACGAUAAUCAGGAUGGUAAUGAUACAACCGAUGACGAGCUAUUCUCGCCGAGAAGCAGAUCGAAAUUCAACGUGAUCACGAACAAAUCUCAAAAAGACAUGGGUGUAUAUGUAAAAAACGAUAAGUCUCACAUAAAGCAUCGCAAAGGACAUGUCGAUACGACAGUACGAAACGAGAAGAAAAAUGAGUCAUUUAGUAAGCAGGAAGAUAACGUUCAAGCAAACAUCGACAAAGAUUCUCCCGCUAACAAUAAGGCUUCUGAUACAUGUACGUCAGGAUCAGAAAAAAUUAGCAAAACGAAAGAAACAUUCAACGGCACGUGCGGAACUGUUAUAACGAUAACCGACAACUCCGAGGAUGAAAUCGUUAUCGAGAAUAUAUUGAAGAAACCAAACGAAAAAUUAGCACCAUUAUUUACGAAACGACGCAAAACUGAUCCAGCGGUCGUUGCGGCGAAACGCUUAUUCCUGCAAUCCGAUAUAAUCGAUGGCGAGAACAAAAAUACAGAUAGGAAACUAAACAAUAGUAUACUCAUGUUACCAUUUCCCAUCAUCAGUCAUGUUACACAGUUGGAGAAAAACUUCCAUUUGAACAAAUUUAAAUUCCAGCACAGAUUUCCUGCGAAAGUCGAGAAGAAAUAUCUGCCUUCAAUAAACAUUAAUGAGUACAAGUGUAUCACUAAUUACAAAAUAGCUUCGAAAGUAACCGAAGCAAUCGACAAGCCCGUGAAAGGAAAUUUUGAUCUGGUGUUAUUGGAGAUGGAGGAACGUUGUCCGAAUGUACAAAAAAUGUGGCAAACUAUAUCGGCGAUCAAAGGCAAGACUGAAAAAAAACCGCUGCCACGAACGAAAGAAGGCAAGAAAACGAAGUCCCUUAAUAGAAAAGGUUCGUUGGCGGAGAACGUGGAGACGAGUCAGUCGCAUAAUUGUACGUGGAUAUGCAAGUACAAGCCAAUGAGCGCACAAGAGGUGGUCGGGAACGAAGAAGCCGCGGCUAAAUUGAGGGACUGGCUGAGCGGUUGGAGGACGCCUUUGUCGAAAGAAGAUUACAGCAGCGGCGAGGAAUUCUACUCGUCGGACUCGUGCAGCAACUUGUGCAACAAUGAAAGCAAUCAAACAGCCGUGUUGUUGGGACCACACGGUAGCGGAAAAAGCGCGAGUGUGUAUGCGGUAGCGGAGGAGCUCGGUUAUAGCGUACUGGAGGUGAACGCGUCCUCCAGACGAACCGGUAAGAGGAUCCUGAAGGAGCUGGAGGAAGCCACUAAGUCGCACAGAAUCAAGAAGAACAAGCGCAAGUCCCCAUUCGAGCAAGCCACGAAAAAGAACGAGGUGUCGGAGAUAUCGCAGAACUCGCUGAUCCUUCUAGAGGACAUCGACCUCAUCUUCGAGGAGGACGAGGGCUUCGUCUCGGCGGCGUACCAGUUAGCGUCGAACACCAAGAGACCGAUUGUCAUGACGUGCAGAAAUGUGUGCCCGCACUUGAGCAAAAUGGCGCCGCAACAGAAUAAGAUCUACUUUCAACAGGUGAAUGGCAGCAGAGUGUCCGCCUUGCUGGAGUUAAUCUCGUUGGCCGAGACGGGUUACAGGCUGCCGCACAAUUGCCUAGUGAAGUUGCUGCAAGCAGGCGAUCUACGGAAGGCGCUGCUGCAAUUGCAAUACCUGCUGCUGUCCGGCCCGCCUGUACUAUCCGAUCAAUCUACAACCGUGAGACCGUCGCUUUGGCAAGACAUGCAACGUUACUUAUACAAACCUGCGAUUAAGCUGAAACGGCACGAUACGAAGAAAGAUAUGAAUGCCAAGAAAUACAAAGGACGGACAAUGAAAAACGAUAUACUGUGCAGUUUGGCGGACGAUUUAGACGGUUUGUCGCUGGUGUCGUCUUUGAUCGACAUCGACGACGCGCUGUUGAACUCGCCAGAAGCGGACUCGCAGCCUAACUUGUCACUAACCGAGAGCCUGUCGCUAUAUUCCGCGGCCCAGCGCUGCAGCGCGGAUAUAGCAAAUUUCAUAAGCGACAGGAUACUGUACAAGAACUCAAACGGAAAUAAGCACAUGCCAAAUUCAAGCACCACCGUACUUCGAAAUCAAUUGAAUCGAGGAGUGGAUCUAGUACUGUCGCAUGUCACGUUCGCCUGUCUGGACCACCGGGUGAUGGCGACGGAUUACUUGUCCACUGCACGUACAAUAUGUCGCGCCGAAGAGUUUCGUUCUGCUGGCAAUCACAAGCGGGGCAAUCGAUUCUUCCACUAUCUGCACAGCUUGAAGGUGCCGGCCAGUUCGUUGAAGCCGAACAUCCUGACUGCCGCAUGUCGAACGCUGCAGGAGAAAGUUGACAAAAACGCAUCCACGUCGAGCACACAGUGAUCGAUUGUUAUUUGGAAAAGAAGUACAUUUUCCGUGCGAGAUGCGACGCGAGUAGCUUUGCGAAGUUCAGUCGCGAUGUAAUUUUUAUUGAUUGCGAAGGUGGGAGGAGCUUUUAUUUCGUAAAAUGUUAUUUAUAAUGAAUAUCAACUAUUAUGUAUUAUACUGUCAUUGUUAUCAAAG